GCCGCCUCUCCUCCCGUGGCGAUGAUGGAGUCACCAUCGAAAAGACGAAGGCUGUCGUGUGCAGAGGUGAGAACGGAUGUCACCAGGCAGUUCAGUUGCUGGGAUGGGCUGCAGCGAAGCCUGCCUUCUUGUCCUGUGUUCAUUCAUUCAGGUGGAAUCUCUCGACGCGCUGUACGGGGCGGAUGCACAUCUAAAGUGGGCGGAGGGCACGUAUGACGAUGUGGCACAGAAGAUACGAGAACUGCGCCGACAGGUGAAGACCACACACAGAGAUCCGAGACGAAGACCAGGUGUGUGGAUCUCUCUAGGUGGGUGAGGUAUUCGAGCUGAAGCAGAGGAAGGAGCAAGAGCUCGGCAAGGAAAUCUGCCCCAACGUAGCCAAGGUGAGUUGAGUGAGCUACCACAAAAUGACACUAAUGCAGUCAGUGCCUUCUGACCAUUCUGCCCGUUGCCUACCCUACCUGCCUCUCCUUGCCUGCCUGCCUCCAUGUGUGUGUGCAGAUGGUGUGUUUGGAUUACCAGAGAGUUGCGGCCCUGCUGCGCAAGAUAGCAAACGCCGACGUGACGCCUUCCACACUGGACAUCCUUAUCAGCAUCGCCCAGCAGAAACUCUCUGCCAUCACCCACAACCUACGCCUAGAUGUAAGGAUGGUUACAGAAUGACGGCCGCCCACGUGCAGUUGGACAGAGAGGGAUGGCACGUGUGUGUGUGUGUGUGCUGUGUUCUGUUCAGUCGUUGGCCCCGUCGCUGCUCACCCUCCCUGACGCCUUGCUGUUUGACCGACUCGGCCCACUGCUGGGCACUGAGUCCAUCAUCGGCGGCCUCUCACGCGCCCACUCGUCCUUCCUGGGCCCCUCCCGCGACCCCGACAUGCACACCACCAUCACAUUCAUGGCGGACCGCAAACGCCGCGCCAUCCGCCUCACCAGGCAGCAGCUCGAGGCAUGGCGGCCCCGGCUGGCCAAGACCCGCCGGGCGGUGGUACGGUGUCAUAUGAACAUGAGCAUGGUGAAGCUGCUCGACGGCGUUAGUAAGAGCCUCGAGAGUCUAGAAGCCGACAGCCACAGCGUCAAGCAGCACGAGAUAGCCUCUCCGGAUGACAAGGGUAGGAAGCCGGUGGAGUUCCCACGGUUGAAGACGGUAGUGGUGGGCGGGCGGUGGGCGUACGUCUCAUAUGAGCGCUCCUGGAGACUGUGGUCAGUGACAAACAGCACAACACACAUCCAAAAGCCAGAAACACACCACACCACCCGUCCCUGCCUGUCGUGUGUGCCGCAGGUCGCUCGAGUGUGUCGAGCUGCGCAAGUUGACCACCAGGAGCAGACGGCGCACGACAUCGAAUUUAUGGAUUGGGAAACAUGGUAUGGGCGCGACUGGCUGGAGGAGCGCGACGGCGUGCACACCGUCAGCACCGUCACCCUCUCGCCCCCAUUCGCGUGGGAUGCGCACGACGCGAUGCUGCUUGUCGAGCUCACGAGCGUCGACACGGUGACGAGCUUCAGCAUCACAGCGGACAUACCCGACCUGGAUGCCUGGAUUGACGACUUCGGUACGCCGAUGAGGUCGCUCGAGGACAUCGAGGCGACCAUUAAUGCCAAACAGAUCACCCCAAACAUCAUAUCGGUGAGUGGCCAAUGAUGCGCACGCACACAAGGGAGUGGUCAUCUGCACCCUGUCCGUCGCCUGUGGUGUUACACAGUCGCUGAAUGCGGUUCAUAAGUACUGUGUGGACCCUCACUGCAAGGAGGACUACAGCAGCAGCGUGUUUGACUUCCCCUUCACCCUCCUCUGGCCCACCAACCCCGGCAGCCCCAUCCACAACAUCUACGACGACGAGAGCCCCGCAUUCGAAUCGUCCACCCUCACCCUGGUGGCCUCCCUCGCCACAUCGCUGAGCUUCCCCACCAGCCUCGCACAGGACACCAUCAUCCCGGCCUUCUACUCCCUGCUGCCCAAGCUGGUCUUCAGCUCAGCCCGCACCCUCACCCUGCAGCCGGCCAGGGACACCGACAACCCCCUCCCACAGCCACUGCUCUUCAACAUCGGCCGCGUCUUCCCAUCGGUGCGGUCCAUCGACAUGGGCAAGGCGCACCAGCUGGGCGAGGAGGCCGUCGUCAAGACGAUAGACGACCUCCCAUCGCUGCGGGUGGUGUGCUUCGAACGGCAGCCCUCUUUUCAUGAACAGCCGGUUUUCCUGCCGUCCUACCUGCGCAACUGUGCCAGUGGGGGGCGACUGCUGCACGUCAAGUGUGCGUACUACAAGUCCCUUGACGGCAGCGAGGAUUGGUCGCUGUGGGAGGGGCAGCCAGAUGAGGGCAGUGAGGAUGGGGCGGGUGGGGCGGAUAGCGGCAGCAAGAUGGAGAUAGAUGUGUCGGUGGGGGAGGCAGAGGGCGACAAGUGCAGCAGCAACAAGGGAAAGGGAAAGGGCAUAGAGCAUCGCAUCCAGCACAUUAGCGUAUUUCUCGCUACCAACUUCGCUGCAGAGGGCGGAGAGGGAGAUGAAGACGAGGAAAUUGGAGGCAGAUGAGGGCGAGUUGCUACUACGUUUGCCAGUCUGGUCUCGCCUCUUUCGCACAUGCGUCAAUGCCAUCUCCUCCCUGCCUAAGCUAGAUUACAUCACACUCACCACCGACGAUGCACUCCCUGUCGAGUCGUUGCACGAUGAUGGGGAGGCAGGCGUAGCCGAGCGGCUGAGCCCUCACGGGUUCGCCGCUGUGCAGGCAGGCCCGUGUAGUGUUGAGCUGUAUCGGGAGGGGCUGCCCAUCACGGCGGGCCAGCGACUGAUCACUGACUACUUCUCGCCCAUCUGUGUCGAUAGCAACGAGAUGGUUGACUAGAUAAGGGUGCUGACUGACUGGGUGUAGUCUGUUUGGGGAUGUGUGUACAAAUGGAAGAUUCCUGGCUUGUCAUUGGUGUCUGUGUAGUGCGUGUGAUACCGUUGUCACGUCUGUGGUGCGGGCGUUUCCUCUGUACCUUGUUGAGGUCAUGUGUGUCGUUUCUGGCCAUUCCAUGGGCCGUGAGCGAUCCCGAUGGCCUUCGAUGAGGUGCAGGGGAGCGCAUUUGGCCCACUCCACUCAUGUGCCUUACGGACUUGACGGUUACAAAAGUCUCUUAUGAUCAUCAGAGAGCUGUGGGCGCACGGAUGUGGUGUACAGACUGCUGCAUGCUUCCGUGUGCGCCUGCUGUAUCCAUAUAUCUCUCUUGUGUACGGCUGGAACGGUUCCUGGAGGGUCGGGGGGUCGUAGCUAGACGCCGAGGAGUGCGGCGGCACCGGCACCUGCGCCGAGCUGUGGUGUCUCCCGAUGUGUUGGGAGAGCUAUGGGUGAUUUCAUAUCAUGCUUGCAUGUGUGUGUAUGAAUGAAUGGUGAUGGUUUUCACCUUCAUUCGCAUUGACCCUCGAUGAGUGGAAGGCUGUUCAUGAGGUGCAUCGGCUCGUGGAAGGAACUAAGAGAGACCUGGGUGUCCAAAUGACACCUAGGUCAAUCACGACACUCAGUGUGUGGCCACAUGACACACACACACUCAGAGAGAGAGAGAGAGAGAGGGAGAGGGAGAGAGAGAGAGACGGAAACACAGGCUACCUGAUCCUCUGUCUCGGUCGGUCGAUCCAUCCUUCUUCUUCUCGAUGUGGGGAAACUGUCAUUAACCGUAACACUCGUCUGUGUGUCCGUGAUACUCAUACAAAUACAGUCCCAUCAGCACGCAGACCCAAACAGGCUCAAGGGGAGGAGGGAUCAAUCCCCGCCCCAUCAGCACACCCCAGUCCCGCAAACCCUCCCCUCCCUCCCCCACGCAGACAGAAGCUAGUCGCACGCGCGAGGGCGAUAGACAAGCGAGAGCGAAUCCAUCCAGACACAUGACUGAACCCCCGACCCUUCCACCCCUCCUUCUCCAACAGCGCAUGAGCCAUGUGGGCGAUGAACACGUUGGCAUCGUGUCCCCACACACCGUCACACGUCACCACCAGAGGGC